GUUUCCCCGGCUCUUUCUCCGGCCCGCUCUUGCUUGUGAAGAGGUCGGGUCUUGCUGUGUUAUUUUUCCUUGUGUGAGUGUGUGUUUUCUGCAGAAGCGGCGGGGAGCUCAGUGACAUGUCCAGCAUGAAUCCCGAGUAUGACUAUUUAUUCAAAUUGCUCUUGAUUGGAGACUCCGGUGUGGGAAAGUCUUGUCUUCUGCUUAGGUUUGCAGAUGACACAUACACAGAAAGUUACAUCAGUACAAUUGGUGUUGAUUUUAAAAUCAGGACUAUAGAGUUAGAUGGGAAAACAAUCAAACUUCAAAUUUGGGAUACUGCCGGCCAGGAAAGAUUUCGAACUAUUACAUCAAGUUACUACAGGGGAGCCCAUGGCAUCAUUGUUGUGUAUGACGUAACAGACCAGGAAUCCUUUAACAAUGUAAAGCAGUGGCUUCAGGAAAUAGAUCGCUAUGCCAGUGAAAAUGUUAACAAGUUAUUGGUAGGCAACAAAUGUGAUCUAACAACAAAGAAAGUCGUGGACUACACAACAGCAAAGGAGUUUGCAGACUCUCUGGGAAUUCCAUUUUUGGAAACAAGUGCAAAGAACGCGACAAAUGUAGAGCAGGCCUUUAUGACAAUGGCAGCGGAGAUCAAAAAGCGAAUGGGUCCUGGCGCCACAGCAGGCGGUCAAGAGAAGAAUGUCAAAAUCCAGAGCACUCCAGUCAAGCAGUCUAGUGGAGGAUGCUGCUAAAAUGGCCUGCCCCCCAAGAGCCCCUUUUCCCUCCUCAGCAGUGAAAUCUCAAUCUGAACCUAAGUGACAAACGAAAAUUGCCUGAAUUGUACUGUAUGUAGCCGCACUACAACAGAAUCUUACCGUCUCCCCAAAGUCAGCAAACCUCAAUACUGACUUUUUUGUUUUUCUUUUUUUUUUUUUUUUAAUUUUAUUUUAUUUUAUGCCCUUGACUCAAGACAGCUCAACUUCAUUUUCAGAACUGUUUUAAACCUUCUCCCCCCCCCCCCCCCCCACUUGCCCCUCUACUACGUGUGCUGGUUUAUCAAUAAUGUGUGUAACCCUUGCUUUACUAAUACCAUAUUGUAUCCCUGUGGUUUGUAGAACACCCCAACCUGCCCGCCCCUACACACCCACCCGUGUCCCAGUUUGAUGUUGGCAUGUUUAGGUGUCAGGUUUAGUCUUCUGAAGAUGAAGUUUAGCCAUUUUGUAUCAAACAGCACAGCAAACGGUGUCUGUAAGUUUCCAUUCAUGAAUAAAGUUAAGUGAUAUGUUAUAUGUAAGAUCUGAUUUUGCUAGUUCUUUCUCUGUCAAUAGGAGGAUGACAUUGACUGGCUAAUUUGCUGUCAGAGGCCACUUGCCUGCAUUCUGUUGUACUGUGGGGGGCUGGCGUCUCUGGCACCAGAGGGGGCGAAUAGUUUAUUCAUACUCUGCAUAUAAUUUUUGGGCGCAGGACGUAGUUAUUUGUUGCAUAAUGUAAAAAAAAAAAAACAAUUGAAGAAAUCAUUUAAUAAAUAUUGUACUUAUUGGAACGUAAUAUCAAACUGUAUGGUGGUAAGUAUUGUCUUAAUUUUGUCUAGUAAUGGGUUAAUGAAGUUCUAUUCCGGCUGAGGCCAUGCCCUGCAUGUAACUGGAAGUUUACAACUGGUUUUCUUAUGUACAAAACUAACAAGUGCUUAACUAACAAAUGCAACCACUAUAGUGCAUCAGGUCUCCCAUUGGUUAAAGAACCCAGUAGGGUAGGUCAUUGUAAGGAUCAAUAUAUUACUUUGAAUGUACAGUGUUUUCCUAUUUUAAUCACUAAAAUGUCCCAUUUCUGUAGUUCUUAGUUCUAUUGAAAGACAAUUUUGCAGAGUUCUGAGACAGUGGAAGUGCCGACGGUGAUGUAGCUAUUAUGUUUCUAUAUAUGCUGUUCCAUUCCUUUCACAAAUCACUUUAAGGCGUCUUUCACUAGACUGGGGGCGCCUUUUGUAAUUUUUUUUUUUUUUGCUGUGUGUUUGUAUGUAACAAACUUUGGGGUGGGUGGGGCUAGUACCAAGCUGUAGUCAGCCACGGCUGUUUUGUAGGGCUAGGCCAACCUGUAGCUAGUCAGGACAUUUAAGUUAACUGCAAUAUGAACAGUGAGAAAACCCUCUAAAUGCAACCAUGCAAUACUGCUGUAUGACCAGCGCCCUACUGAACACACAGGGGUGUCACCGAACCUUGCCACCAAAAGUGCCCGGGUCCGUCUGUUGCCACUUUGUGUUUCAGCUAGGGCACAUUCUUUUCUGCAGUAUUAAGAUGGAGAGGGGCAUUUUGUAUGCUGCUGUCUUCAGUAGUGGACGAAAUGCCCCAAAAUGAAAUCUGAUAGAUUAAGCAUAAUACAAAGGUUCCAAAUUUGGGGCUUGUGGCUAGAUAAAGUACUGUACAAAGCUGAAAAAAUAAUGAACCCUGUACAUGGAAGUUGCCAGACUGGUUAUAAACAUUGUGUCUAAUGUAUAUAUUCACUGCACCUUGUGUUAAUGGCAUCUGAUUCUGCUAACUUAUGCUACCUGUCCAUGCUGAACAUUGGAAAUCCAUGUGCAUUCAUCUGAAAGCAAAUAAAACUUGUUAACACU